AUGGCGAGAGGUAAGCCCCACGCAGCAGUCGGUGGACCCGACCCUCACACGCUCCACGACGCCGCUGGGCUGCCGAAGGGGGGAAGAAGAAGGAGCACUGCCAAUCCAAGAACAAUCCGGAGUUGGUGUGACGACCUAGGUUGGGAGCCGAUGGCAUCGAAUUCAUCGGCAGCGGCGGCGGCGGCGUUCUUCGGGAUGAGGGAUGGGGACCAGCAAGACCAGAUGAAGCCGCUGAUAUCACAGCAGCAGCAGCAGCAGCACCACCACCAGCAGCAGCACCAGCUGGCAGCGGUGGCACUUUCCGGCGCGGGGAGCGCGGCGCCUGCCGCGUCCAGCCAGGGCGCUCCGGCGGCGGCACCACCGGCCAAGAAGAAGAGGACUCUACCCGACCCGGACGCGGAGGUGAUCGCGCUGUCGCCCAAGACGCUGAUGGCGACGAACCGGUUCGUGUGCGAGGUGUGCAACAAGGGGUUCCAGCGGGAGCAGAACCUGCAGCUGCACCGCCGCGGCCACAACCUGCCGUGGAAGCUGAAGCAGAAGAACCCGAACCAGGUGCAGCGCCGGCGCGUGUACCUGUGCCCGGAGCCGACGUGCGUCCACCACGACCCGUCCCGCGCCCUGGGCGACCUCACCGGCAUCAAGAAGCACUUCUGCCGCAAGCACGGCGAGAAGAAGUGGAAGUGCGACAAGUGCUCCAAGCGCUACGCCGUGCAGUCCGACUGGAAGGCGCACUCCAAGAUCUGCGGCACCCGCGAGUACCGCUGCGACUGCGGCACCCUCUUCUCACGGAGGGACAGCUUCAUCACCCACAGGGCCUUCUGCGACGCCCUGGCGCAGGAGAGCGCCAGGCUGCCGCCGACGAGCCUGAGCAGCCUCACCAGCCACCUCUACGGGGCUACUAACGCUGGCAACAUGGCGCUGAGCCUGUCCCAGGUGGGAUCCCACCUCAACUCCACCCUGCAGCAUGACGGUCACCACCACCACCCGUCCCCGGAGCUCCUGCGCCUCGGCGGAGCGGCUGGCGGAGGCAGCAGCAGCAUCGCCGCGCGCCUCGACCACCUCCUGUCGCCCUCUGGCGCGUCAGCGUUCCGCCCGCCUCAGCAGCAGCCCCAGUCGGCCUUCUUCCUCAACGCGGCGCCGGGGCAGGAUUUCGGGGACGAGGCGGGCAAUGGGUCACACUCCUACCUGCAGUCCAAGCCGUUCCAUGGCCUCAUGCAGCUCCCAGACCUCCAGGGCAAUGGUGCGGGAGGGCCCGCCUCUUCGGGCCAUGGCCUCUUCAACCUGGGCUUCUUCUCCAACAAUGGCAAUAGCUCGGGGUCUAGUCAUGAGCAUGCAAGCCAGGGAAUGAUGAGCAACGACCAGUUCAGCGGCGGAGCUGGCGGCGGUGGCUCUGAGGUAUCAGCAGCGGCGAUUUUCGGCGGGAACUUUGUUGGUGGUGAUCACAUUUCGCAGGCUGGGAUGUACAACGACCAGGCGCCCAUGCUGCCUCAGAUGUCUGCGACCGCACUGCUCCAGAAGGCGGCGCAGAUGGGCGCGACCUCCAGCCCCAACGGCGCGGCGUCCAUGUUCCGGGGCUUCGUGGGCUCUUCGCCGCACGGGCGACAGGGGACACCGCAGCAGCAGAUGGACCAGAACGAUGCGAACCUGAACGAGCUGAUGAACUCUCUGGCUGCUGGCGGCGGCGUCAAUGCCGCGGCGAUGUUUGGCGGCGUUAACGGCGGUCCCGCCGGGAUGUUUGAUCCAAGGAUGUGCGACAUGGAUCAGCACGAGGUGAAAUUCAGCCAGGGAGGAGGUGGUGUUGGUGGCAACGGUGGUGGUGCUGGCGGCGGCGGCGGCGACAUGACGCGGGACUUUCUUGGCGUGGGCGGAGGCGGCAUCGUGCGCGGGAUAUCGACACCGAGAGGAGACCACCAUCAGAGCAGCAGCGACAUGAGUUCCUUGGAGGCCGAGAUGAAGUCGGCUUCGUCCUUCAACGGAGGCCGGAUGCCAUGA